CGUCAGAGUCCAACGGAGCGAAGGAAGGAGGAAAGACGGAGUACCAAAAAAAAAAAAAAAGGGAAGGAGGGUGUGAUAAGGCCGAAGAGAGCGGACCGAGGCUGCCUCAGAGACAGACCUGCGUCGUGCACAGCGCGGGCGGACGCACGGACAGACAUGGAGGGCUCCACGGAGGAAGAAUACAAAGAGAAAUUAUUAUGGAGCGUCAAACGAGAGGUAAAGCAGAUUAUGGAGGAAGCAGUGACUAAGAAAUUUGUCCACGAAGACAGCAGCCACAUCAUUGCUCUAUGUACUGCAAUCGAGGCUUGUCUGGGUCACUUGCUGAAGAGAAGGGCAGCUGGUUUUCUCCGCAGUGACAAGAUCGCUGCCCUCUUCACCAAAGUCGGCAAAGUCUACGACACCGCUGGCGAGGUUUGCCGCAAAGUGCAAGAACAGCUGCAGCAGCAGGCUGAUCUCACCAGGAGAACUCAGAACGUGGCACAUGAGCCUCUGAGGAGACAGGGCUCGUCCACCACCAGCCGUCCCCCUCAGCCCCUCUCUGCUCAGGCCAUCAAACACAUCUGGGUCCGUACAGCUCUUUUUGAGAAAGUUCUGGACGACAUAGUGCAGUACAUUGUGGACAACUCCAGUAAAUACUACGAGAGAGAAGCUUUAAUGCAUGACUCAGUCUUCGGGCCCAUCUUGGCAGCCCUGCUAGUGGGGCCCUGUGCUCUGGAGUACACCAAGCUGAAGACAUCGGAUCAUUUAUGGACCGACCCCUCAGCUAAUGAGCUAGUCCAGCGCCACCGCAUACAUGGGGCCCACCGGAGUCAGGACACCACGGCUGGCCGCCGACCUGCCCUUGGGAUCCGCAAGAGACAGUCCAGUGGCAGCAUGUCAGAGGACAGGUUUGCUGCAUCAGCGAGAGAGUAUGUGGAGUCCCUUCACCAAAACUCCAGAACACAUCUUCUCUACGGCAAAAACAACGUCCUGGUGCAACCGAAGAAGGAGAUGGAGGUGUUGCAGGGCUACUUGUCGCUCCACCAGGCUGGGGAUAACCUCACUCUGAAAUGGACCCCCAACCAGCUCAUCAAUGGAACAUUGGGAGACUGUGACCUGGAGAAAAGUAUCUACUGGGACUAUGCACUGACUGUUCCUCUGCGCCAGAUUGUCUGCAUCCACUGCCAUCAACGCUCGGAUUGUGGUGGUACACUAGUUCUGGUAAGUCAGGAUGGGAUCCAGAGGCCGCCCCUUCACUUCCCCCCUGGUGGUCACCUCCUGGCUUUCCUCUCUUGCCUAGAAACAGGCCUCUUACCACGUGGUCAACUGGAACCCCCUCUCUGGUCCCAGAAAGGCAAGGGAAAAGUGUUCCCAAAACUGAGGAAGAGGAGCAGUGCUGCCCGGCUCAUAGACCAGGACAGGAAUGGGGAGGAGCAGACAGCUGCUGACUAUGUGUUUCGCAUUGUCUACCCAGGAUACCACUACGACGCCAUCACUAUAAAUUACCACCACACCACGGGCAGCCGCGCUCCGUCGCUGGACGAUGACGAGGAAGAAGAAGAUAGGCUCCAUGCUAUGAUCUCAAUGAUCUGCUCGCGGAACCUCACAGACCCUAAUGUCAUGAAAGACCAUGGGGAAAUGAUGGAGAUGCAGGGUUUUGGCGGAAGCCCAUCGUCAUGGCAACAGGCUGAAGUAAUCGCUCAUGAGUCCCUGUGUCAGUACUGCUCCGCAGCUGGUAGCAGUGUGUCAUUCGACUACCCAGCUGGCUGUACCUGCAUACACGACCCAUCAGACAUUCACACGAUUCCUCUAAAGAUGCUCUGCCAGAACAUGAAGAGGCAGAUCGUCUCCAGAGCCUUUUAUGGAUGGCUGGCCUACUGUCGACACCUGUCCACGGUUCGGACACAUCUGUCAGCUCUAGUCAACCACAACAUUGUUACUCCGGACAGACCAUGUGAGGCUUCUGGGGGCCUCAGCAAAGAGGUGUGGAGCAAGUACCAGAAAGACUGUAAGGUUUUCAUGUCAGUGGAUGAGCCAGAGGCAGGCAGCCAGGAGACCCCAAGUGGAGAGGACAGCACUCCCACCAUGACCACCUUAGUCCCGCCUGCUGCUCUUCCCCAAGAGGAGCGUCCUCUAGUGGAGUUUGACUCCCCGGACUCGGGUCUCCCCUCCUCCAGAAACUACUCAGUGACCUCUGGUCAUUCCCAGAUCCUGUCAAGCAUAGAUGAUGGUCAGAGCACAGAGGAGGAAGGGGGAGGCGGGGAUGAGGGCAGGACUCUAGGUGUGCUGGGGGGGCACGAGGACUCUCUUACCGAGGACAGGCUGUGUUGCCAAUUGGACAAACUGGUGACCAAUGGAGCAUCUGCUGAGAGGAUAUCACCAUCACUGUCGUCAUAUACAAUUGAGCUGUUGGACAUAGUCGCCCUGAACCUCCACAGGAUAGACAAAGAUGUGCAACGAUGUGACAGAAACUACUAUUACUUCACUACAGCCAACCUGGAGAAACUACGCAACAUCAUGUGCAGUUAUGUGUGGGAACAUUUGGAGAUAGGCUACGUUCAGGGUAUGUGUGACCUGCUCGCUCCACUCAUGGUCAUCCUUGAUGAUGAGAGCCUGGCGUACAGCUGUUUCACUCAGCUAAUGAAGAGGAUGAGUCAGAACUUCCCUAAUGGAGGAGCCAUGGACACACAUUUUGCCAACAUGAGGUCACUGAUCCAGAUCCUGGAUUCUGAGUUGUUUGAACUGAUGCAGCAAAAUGGAGAUUACACUCACUUCUACUUUUGUUACCGCUGGUUCCUGCUGGACUUCAAGAGAGAGCUCCUGUACGAGGAUGUGUUUGCAGUGUGGGAGGUGAUCUGGGUGGCUCCCAGAAUUUCCUCACAACACUUUGUCCUCUUUCUGGCCUUGGCACUGGUCACAGUUUACCGUGAGAUCAUCAUGGACAACAACAUGGACUUCACUGACAUUAUCAAGUUCUUCAAUGAAAUGGCUGAGCGUCAUGAUGUCCAACAUAUCUUGAAGAUAGCACGCGAGCUGGUCCACAAAGUUCAGUCUCUGAUGGACAACAAGUGACCGAAGAGGAGGAGGAGAAAUGGGAAAAUGCAGAGGGAGAAAAUGUUUUCUCCCCCAGAGUGAUUUCCAGAGCUCCAUCGAUCCAGAGAAGGUCCAGAGGGUUCAGGUCUCCUCCCUGUCCAGAAGAAGGUCCUGAGAGUGGGGCCGCGGUGCUGCUGAAACAGACUGGCUCUGGAGCUUGGCCUGGAUCUGUUUACAUUUACCUUCACAAGGAAUGCUCAUGGUGUCUGUUCAGACAUGUGGAUUUGUCUGCAUGCUUGUAAGUUUGAUCACACUGUGAGCGCAUUCUUAAUUCUCCCCAGUCUUGCAGAGUUUGUGUGCGUGCAUGAAAAUACACACAACACACAUACACACAGAUACAAACACACACAUGCACACUCAAAAUCAGACAUUAAUCAGUACUCCGAGUUCUAGAGUGUCCCCCCUUUCUUCAACUCUGAAACAGAACAUAUUGGAUAGAGGCUGAAGCAUUCUCAGUGUGUGUUGGAUGUUUUCCUCCAGCAGAGGCCAGUAAUGUUCAGGAUUUACACAGAGGAGCAGAGGACUAAGCCACGAAGAGUGACCAAAUGGACUGUGCCAACUACCUUUCAUGAGUGUUUUCUACAACUAGCAUGAGUGUUUUUACCCCUACCCUAUCCCAGUUUUUCCUUUUGUCAAGGAGUUUAUUAUCACACAAAUGUUGCCUUUAUCAGUAACAGUCCAAGGUACUUGUUGCACUUUUUGUGAGGGUUUCCUUCCUGGAGCCUGUGAAGGCCUCACCACAGUCAGUGGAGGCUGGAGGUGCCACAAGAGGCCAAAUUAUUGAGAAACUCAGGAUGAUUUGCAGCCGACUUUUCUGAGCAUGUCAGUCAGUGGUCAGAGCAUGUUUAAUCCUUGUUCCAAGAUGGAAAACCAAACUAACAGCAGAGCACAACAGUUAUGACAAAAGCACAUAGGCCAUCCUCUUUCACACAAAAUUUUCUCUUUUUUACCCCAUGAUUUUAUUGUAUGGCUCUAACAACCAUUGAGGUCAGGUCCUUAGGAACAUCUCUGCAAUUUGGGAAUUUAGAUGCUUUGAUUAAAUACACAUAUUAUACAUUUGUUUUUUUUUUGGUAUUUCAAAAGAAUUACAGUAAUAGUUUUAGCCAAAAUUCUGAAUAAAAAAGGGAUUAACUGUUCCCAAUCAUACAUGCAGCACAUCACAGAUAUGUUUAGUAGUGUGGGGAGGGCUUUUAAACAGGAUUUAGAGCAUACAUUUACAACAACACAAUGUAAAGGAUUAAUGAAUAAAUACAAGAUUAAAUUCUGUGAUUGGUUUUUAUUCUCAGCAAUACUUUAAAAUAUCAGUGUUGCUUAGUGACUAGCCAAUAGUUUAUUCAAUGUGUUUAGCUGAACUGAGCUCAGUAACUAAGAUCAGCCUGUUUUACUGCUUAAAGUUUCAGUGUGUAGAAUUUAGUGAAAUCUAGUGGUGAAAUUGCAUGUCGCAACUGAAUGCCCCUCAUCUCACCAUCACCUUCCAAACAUGAAAGAGAAUCUGUAGUAGCCUUCAGUUGUCAUAAAAAUAUUUUUAGCUUGUCCAGUUUGGCUUACUGUAAAAAACAUGGUGGCCUUCAUAGAGAGGACCCACUUGAUGUAAAUAUAAAGCAUAUAAAUAUAAAGGCCCGAUUCUAGUGUAAAGACAACAACAAUUCAUACAAUCCAGAUGAAACACAUUAGUGAAAACAUGACAAGGAUUAAUUUUCAUUAAAUUUAAGCCAAUAGAUUCCUUUAACCUAAAUCUUACACACUGGACCUAUAAAGUUUCAGAAGAAUUGGUGAUCAAAGGAUAUUUGAAAAGAUAAAACUGAAUUAAGUAUCAUAGGUCUGAGACUGGUGAGGAGAAUAAGACAUGACAGUCUGAGACAAAAAGGCUAUGAGAAGAUUAAAAAAAACUUGAAUUGAAUGAGGCUGACAUUCUAUAUUUUAUUAUUGUCAACAGAUCCCAUGAAAACACAUAAACUGUCUGUUCUACUGAAGACAAAAAUCUUUAAAGCUGCUUUCAGAUAUGGAGACACUUAAAACAAGCAGCCAUUUUGAGCCUACUUUACAAUACAUAGUGCAUUUGUUGGGGACUGUUUUCAGUGGCAGAGUAAUACACAUCUGGUGUUAUACUGAGUAGUUACAGUGGCAGGAUGAGGGUUAAAGGUUUCCCCCUGGAUUAAGAAUCUGUAUAUCCCCAUUUAGUCUGAAUAUUCAUUUCAUGAAGGGAGUUUGAGAAAUGGACUGUGGUUAACAAAUCAUAUUAUAUGCACACUUAUUAUAAUUUUAGGAUAUUACUGUUUUAUACAUUUUACAUAAUGUGGUAAUAAUGGAAUGCUCUUCACAAAGUGCUCCAUAUAUAGAAAGUUGGAAAAGCACAAAGUCAUGUGUCAGAUUCGUAGUUGACCUGAGGUGUUGUGAGAUAUGAGUGCUAUACUCUUGGACAUUUAGUUGUUACAUAAGGACAAUCUUCUGCUCAGGUUCAUUUCUCAAGUUCAAGAUUAAGUUGCAGAUUCAGUGUAGUUUUACUAACCGAUUCGGCAAUCAGCUUUAUUCACCCAUUCCAAUCAAUAUAGUUUACCACACAGUAUAUAUGUAUCUACAAGAUGCGUUGUAAGGCUUUACUGCAGACAGUAGCCUCCGAUAUGUGAAUGAACAGGUGCACAAAUCAUAGUCUAACGACAGUAAUACACUACAACAUGUCACCCAGUGUUUUUAACAGAGCUCCAUGUGUUCACAUAUCACAUAUAUCAGGCUUUACCUGUCACCAAGUCACAUUGUGUUGGUUUGGGUCUUUUCAUGGGGUUGCAUUAGGAAAAUGAAAUACCUUCAGCUCUAUUCUUGCCGUGUUUUCCUUUGGAAUUGGAGUCAAACAUGCACAUUGAUCUGAAGUCAGCAUGGAAGCAGCUGAGCGGUGCUGUCAGGAAAAGUGGUUGCAGUCAUCCAUGUUGAACCCGAUUUUUCUCCUGCCUCGAGUCUAGCCUCAGAAAAGAAGACAAGCUCAGAAUAGGAUGGUCUAAGUAACAGACCCCUGGUCACAGGUCAAAAAAAGUACCUGAGACAAAAGCUGCUUUUGAUGCCAAACUUUGUUGAGUGUUCAUUGAAUCAGUAUUAGGUUAGGAUUGGCUUCACAGUAAUAGCACAGAAUACAUCAAUAGUUACAUCUGAAGGAAAUUUGGGACAAUUUUGAUAGCGUUUCCAAUCCCCUUCUCAGUGUGACCCUUUAUCUCCACCCGCCUCACCUCUUUCAAAUGUCCAACAUGGCUGCAUAUGAUUGGUCAUCCAGCAUGGACCUGCACCUGUGAUUCAAGUGCCAAGAGUCUUCCCCAAUCCUGAAGUGCACUGUAGUCAUCUGGCUCUCUGAUUGCUAGUUUGAUCCCAAGAAUGGGCGGCGACGUGGAUGUGCCUUGCUACGGACUCUUCCCCUCCCCCCUCCUGCCUCCACAGCGACAGAGUGGGUGCCAUAAGUGAAACCUGGGCCCAUAGCAGAGCCUUUUCUUCCAAUCAGGACAUUGUGUACCAAAGCCUUGAAACUAGAGCCCGACUGAUAUUAGAUUUUUUGGGGCCGAUUAUGAUCGCGUGUUUUGGGGACUUAAAAAAUUCUAAUAGAUUGGUAUGUUCUGGAUUAAUUUGAUAGGUUUUGCUAUGUGCUUCUUUUGUCUCUGUUCACCUGCCCAGAGACUAAUAAUGAACAUUUACGAACUAUUAAAAUGUGGCACAAAUUUGUCUGAGAUUCAUUUUUUUCUGCAUUAUAUUCUGUAAAAAAAUAUGAUAUAGGUCUACAUGGGCAGAGAAAAUCGGCUGACUAAUGUAUCGGUCGGGCUUUACUUGAAACAGCCCCCUCUGUGGCAUGACAACAAUGUGCAAUUUCAUACAGCAUCUGACUGUUUACUAUGUGUGUAAAAUAUUUUUGAAAAUGGUGAUCUUGGAUUCUGUAAUUUCUGUCAUUUGAGAAAACCCAUCAAACUCUAUAUUCCUGUGAAUAUGAAUCGAGAACCCAAUAUUUCUAUGAGGACAGUCAGAACAUAUAACUUAUUUUGAGAUCUAUUUUUUAUGUUGGUUUUAGCGGCAAUAUAGUCGAAGCUGUAAACUGUGCACAGCUACAGAUUGUGUGCAGACUAUGUACACGUUGACUGUUAAGUGUUCUUUCUCAAUGUUGUGCACUGACUUUAAGAAUUCAAAUUUCUAUUUAUUUAGAGAGCCAGUGAUUGCAUUGCUGAAUAUGUACUAGUAAGGAUGUAUCAUUUGCCUUGAAUGUACUGUAUUAUUAAAUAA